GCGCGGGGCCGGCCUUCCUGCAGCGUCUUCCGCUCGCCGGCUGCGGCGCCUGGGACGGUUGCGGUGGGUCUGGGCGCUGGGAAGCCGUCCAAGAUGAUUAAAAAAUUCGACAAGAAGGACGAGGAGUCUGGGGUUAAGACUGCCCGGUGGGACACAGCUCAUUGAAUGCGCAGGCAUCCAGAAGUGACUUGCGUGUUGAUACCUGUCUGUGGUGCAGUGCAAGUGGGGAAGAUGCCAAGCCUCUUCAAAAAAAAAAAUAAAAAUCUUCAGCUCUUCAGUGGUAGCUGCUCUCACAAGUGUGGUGGAAGGUUGGGUAGUGGUUCCAAUCCUUUCCAGCAUUUGGAGAAGAGUGCUGUCUUGCAGGAGGCACGCCUAUUCAAUGAAACUCCCAUCAAUCCAAGAAGAUGCUUGCAUAUAUUGACAAAGAUUCUUUACUUACUCAACCAGGGUGAACACUUUGGAACUGUGGAAGCCACAGAAGCCUUCUUCGCAAUGACUCGCUUGUUUCAGUCGAAUGAUCAAACACUGAGGAGAAUGUGCUAUCUCACCAUCAAGGAAAUGGCCACCAUCUCUGAGGAUGUGAUCAUUGUGACAAGCAGUCUGACGAAGGACAUGACUGGAAAGGAGGAUGUGUACCGAGGCCCCGCCAUCAGAGCUCUCUGUAGAAUCACAGAUGGAACAAUGUUGCAAGCUAUUGAAAGAUACAUGAAACAGGCCAUUGUGGAUAAAGUCUCCAGUGUGUCCAGCUCCGCACUGGUAUCCUCCUUACACAUGAUGAAGAUAAGCUAUGACGUGGUUAAACGGUGGAUAAACGAAGCCCAGGAAGCCGCAUCGAGCGACAACAUCAUGGUGCAGUACCAUGCUUUGGGAGUGCUUUAUCACCUCAGGAAGAAUGAUCGGCUUGCUGUCUCCAAGAUGUUAAAUAAGUUUACCAAGUCUGGUCUCAAGUCACAGUUUGCAUAUUGUCUGCUGAUUCGGAUUGCUAGCCGCUUACUGAAAGAAAGCGAGGAUGGUCAUGAAAGUCCACUCUUUGAUUUCAUUGAGAGCUGCUUGCGAAAUAAACAUGAAAUGGUUAUUUAUGAAGCUGCUUCUGCCAUUAUUCAUCUUCCUAACUGUACUGCCAGAGAGCUGGCACCUGCCGUCUCAGUUCUUCAACUUUUUUGUAGCUCUCCUAAACCAGCCUUGAGAUAUGCAGCUGUGAGGACCUUGAACAAAGUGGCAAUGAAGCACCCCUCUGCUGUUACUGCCUGCAACCUGGACUUAGAAAACUUGAUCACAGACUCCAACAGAAGCAUCGCCACCCUGGCCAUUACCACCCUGCUCAAAACAGGGAGCGAGAGCAGCGUGGACAGGCUCAUGAAGCAGAUAUCUUCUUUUGUGUCUGAGAUCUCAGAUGAGUUCAAGGUGGUGGUCGUCCAGGCCAUCAGUGCCCUGUGUCAGAAGCACCCUCGGAAGCACGGCGUCAUGGUGGCCUUUCUUUCCAACAUGCUCCGAGACGAUGGAGGUUUUGAAUACAAAAAGGCCAUUGUGGACUGCAUAAUCAGCAUUGUGGAAGAGAACCCUGAGAGCAAAGAAGCUGGUCUAGCCCACCUCUGUGAAUUCAUUGAGGACUGCGAACACACCGUUCUGGCUACUAAGAUUCUCCACUUACUGGGCAAAGAGGGCCCAAGAACACCUGUGCCCUCCAAGUAUAUCCGAUUCAUUUUUAAUAGGGUAGUCCUUGAGAAUGAGGCUGUGCGAGCCGCUGCUGUGAGUGCUUUGGCUAAAUUUGGAGCUCAGAAUGAGAGCCUUCUCCCAAGCAUCCUUGUACUCUUACAAAGGUGCAUGAUGGAUACAGAUGACGAGGUACGGGACCGAGCGACCUUCUACCUGAAUGUGCUGCAGCAGAGACAGAUGGCCCUGAAUGCUGCCUACAUCUUCAAUGGUCUGACAGUCUCUAUACCAGGGAUGGAAAAGGCCUUACACCAGUAUACACUGGAGCCUUCAGAAAAACCCUUUGAUAUGAAGUCAGUUCCUCUUGCUAUGGCUCCUGUCUUUGAACAGAAAUCAGACAUCACACUUGUGAAUCCUAAGCCGGAGAAGCUGGCUCCUUCCAGGCAAGAUAUUUUCCAAGAACAGCUAGCUGCCAUUCCUGAGUUUGUGAACCUGGGGCCCUUGUUCAAGUCUUCCGAGCCCAUCCAGCUCACAGAGGCAGAGACGGAGUACUUCGUGCGCUGCACCAAGCACAUGUUCACCGAGCACAUCGUGUUCCAGUUUGACUGUACCAACACUCUGAACGACCAGCUGCUGGAGAAAGUCACAGUACACAUGGAGCCAUCCGAUUCCUAUGAAGUGCUGUGCUGCAUCCCAGCCCCCAGCCUUGCCUACAACCAACCAGGAAUCUGCUACACACUUGCUCGCUUGCCAGAUGAGGACCCUACAGCAGUUGCAGGCACCUUCAGCUGUACCAUGAAGUUCACAGUCCGGGAUUGUGACCCUAACACUGGAGUUCCAGAUGAAGAUGGAUAUGAUGAUGAGUAUGUGCUGGAAGACCUUGAAGUGACUGUAUCUGACCAUAUUCAGAAGGUACUAAAACCUAACUUUGCUGCUGCCUGGGAAGAAGUGGGAGAUGCCUUUGAGAAAGAAGAGACCUUUGCCCUGAGCUCUACAAAAACCCUUGAAGAGGCUGUCAACAACAUCAUCACCUUUCUGGGCAUGCAGCCAUGUGAGCGAUCAGAUAAAGUUCCCGAGAACAAGAAUUCCCACUCCCUCUACCUGGCAGGCGUAUACAGAGGUGGCUGUGACUUAUUGGUGCGGUCCAGGCUGGCCUUAGCAGAUGGAGUGACCAUGCAGGUGACUGUGAGAAGCAGAGAGAGAACACCUGUGGAUGUUAUCUUGGCUUCUGUGGGAUAAGUUCUUGCUGGAAAAGAUGAUGUGCUGUGCCCUCCCUACCGGUGCCUUUCAGGCUAGUGGCAUGAACUUCCCAGAAUCAUACUUAAAGAUUAAUAGUGGCUUUGAAGAAGCAAACCCAAUGCUCAGCCCUGCGCCAGCAGAUCAAGCGAAUGUUUGUCUUUGUGCCUGGACUUCACUGUCUCACUUGUCAGCUUCCAGUGAUCUUGAAAGUCAGGUACUACUUACACUAUUCUACAGCUGCUUAGCUUCAUUAUAUGCUUCUAGUUAAUGUGUGAAAACUCUUGGCAAUGUUGGAAAAUUUUAUCGAAGAAGGGUGGAGGGGGAGGGGAGGCCAGAAUCCAUUUUUGUCACAGUUUGUUUUUAUUAAUAGAAAAUAAACACUCAUUCAUUCCAGUUUCAAAGUUGCUAUACUUGAAAUUUCUAAUUUAAAAAAGGAAUUUAAAAUAAUUACACUGCUUUAACUAAGACAGUUAAAACUGUGGCUUAAAAAAGUAUUCAGCACCAUUUGCUCUUAGGUCUUUCAUUUGUUCUUAAAAGCGUCUGGGAACUUGCCUGUCUCUUAAGUACAGGAUUUGCCAAGUUAAUGAAAAAGCCUUCCUGAACAGCCAAUGGGAUGCUAAGCAGCCAUCAGGGCAUCAGUGGGCAUUCGGCUGUGGCAGUGGUCCCCUCCCCUCCACCUCUGCUGUGGAGGGGCCUUCGCACUGAGAUGCGAGGAGGCAGGCUGUUAUUUACUAUUCAGCUUGGACUUUCUAGACAGAAACAGUACAUCUCUGGCAGAUGCAAUUGCUUCUUAAUACCUUGUGGUUUUAGGAAGUUUUGUAGGUAAUUUCAAUCUGUUUACUCACAAAUUCGGUGUGUAAUGAGAUUCUCUACUCUAGCAGGUAAGGGCAGCUGUUUUAAUACGCUUGUAAGAUAUAUACCUGAGUAUGCAGGUCAGUCUUAGGAGCACACUCAGAACACUGUUGAUGCCAAUGUCUGUUUUGGUUCGAUAGGCUAUAUUUUGGGGGUGGGGGGAUCAGUGCUGGGGAAUGAACCCAAGGGCUUUAGCAUGCUAGGCAGGCACACGACCUGGCUACAUCCCCAGACCCCAAAGCCGAUGUCUGUUUUAACAAAAAAUGUUAGAAGCAGCUGAUGAAAGUGAAUGUAAAGGUGUGACAAGAUAUCCCUUCUCACACGCUGUGUUUACAGAUUGCACAGGGAGGCAGUGAGCUCCUCCUCCUCCCUCUAUUCCAGGGUUCCAAUUUUAAGUCCACAGAAGCUGGGUUUUUGUUGUUUUUUGUUUCUUUUUUUUUUAGUAUUUUACACAAAAGAGAAUGCCUAAUGCUGUCUUUUCUGCAUAAAUGAAGUGUUAUUAGUCAAAAUGUCCUAAUAACACAGGACAACAGCAGAUCUCUCCACCUGGUCACAGGAACGAGAGGAUAUCUUGUCACCCUUAGAGAAUGAGCGCUGGACCAGCAUGUUACCCUCAGAGUUUCUGCCGCCUGUUUUCUCUCGUCAUCAAUGUGAAUAAAAUGGACUUUUCUGAAAGAA